AUGAUUAACCAACGAUAUACCUAUUUUACCUCUACACCGUCUACCGCUCCUCCAACUACCAAUCACUCGCUCACCCGGCGCCAACGCCCAAACUUACGAAUCAUCACUUCGCUCCCUAACAAACACGAUCUGAUCGGACCGAAACCCCUGCCCCGAUUAUACGACCCGACCAAACUCAACGCCAGUAUCGCUGCAGUAACCGCUCCUUUAUCUAGGAAGAUUCGGAACAUGCGAAAUAGAGAAGUGUAUGUAUACGAGGAGAAUCACGGAGGAUCGUUCUUGGACAUGGAAGGGAAUUCGUCAGAAUUUACUCGUUACCGGCCGAUAUCAUCUGGGUUACGCGGUGGUGUUCCAUAUGAUCAGACUAGAAGCUGUUCGAUCCUACCUGCUACCAGCGGCGAUUCGAUCACUCACUCGCGACUAGACGCGUCACCACCAAAUCGAAUGUUGGGACAUAAGAGGAAAUUAAGCGAUAAAUUCAAGAACUUGUUUGGUAAAGCCCGGCGCAUGGAACGCCCAGGGGUAGACAUGGGCAGAAAUCAGGAGCGACUUGAAGAUGGAACAUCUAUAGGAACUAAGAACAUCAAUCACAGUACUCUCAAUUACGGCCAUGCUCCUACAGUUCACAUUCCAUCUCGAUAUCGUCAUUCAUCCUACCUAGAAGCAGCUUAUCAGCCACCCGUAGCCAUUACUUAUCCUGCUUUCGGACCCGAGGUCGAUUCGAUCCCCAUGUUCUCAGAUCACAGCGAAGUAACAGCUGCACAGAAACAAGAGGAUCAGGAGUUAGAUGAUGAAUGGGAUAAGAACUCCUUUAGUGAGGAUGAUAAAGAGGAAAGUGAAAAUAGUUGGAGUUGCGUGUGA